GACCGUCUCUCCCUUUCUCUCGCCAGCCUGAAGAAUUUACUGAGAGUCUGCACAAUUUUAAGAAAAAGGCUUUUAAAAAAUCCAAAGCCUGCGGAGUUUGCAAAGCGCUCAUCGACGGCCAGGGGCUUUCGUGCCGAGCCUGCAAGUUCUCCUGCCACAAGAAAUGUGAGGCUCAGGUGGUGACCCCCUGUGGUGUGCCAGCCCCCCAGGAGCAGACACCUGCUAGCUCCGUGCCGCCGGGUCCCGUCUGCUGUGAGAAGCCCGCGCGGCCCGUGGCUCUGAGCUCCGCCAUGGCGGACGGCCACCAGCUGGACCUCACCUACAUCACAGAGCGCAUCAUCGCCUUGUCCUUCCCUGCGGGCUGCUCCGAGGAGUCCUACCUGCAUAGCCUGCAGGAGGUCACACGCAUGCUCAAGUCCAAGCACGGGGACAACUACCUGGUAUUGAACCUGUCAGAGAAGAGAUUUGACCUUGCGAAGCUUAACCCAAAGAUCAUGGAUGUGGGCUGGCCAGAGCUGCACGCUCCGCCGCUGGACAAGAUGUGCACGAUUUGCAAGGCGCAGGAGUCCUGGCUGAACAGCGACCCACAGCACGUGGUGGUCAUCCACUGCAGGGGCGGGAAAGGUCGCAUUGGAGUGGUCGUCUCGUCCUACAUGCACUUCACCAACGUCUCAGCCAGUGCGGACCAGGCCCUGGACAGGUUCGCGAUGAAGAAGUUUUAUGAUGACAAAGUCUCAGCGUUGAUGCAGCCAUCCCAGAAAUGGUACGUGCAGUUCCUCGGUGGCCUGCUGCUGGGCUCUGUGAAGAUGAGCGGUGCGCCCCUCUUCCUGCACAGCGUCGUGCUGCACGGUACCCCGAACUUCGACACCGGUGGAGCCUGCCGGCCCUUCUUGAAGGUCUACCAGGCCAUGCAGCCGGUGUACACGUCGGGGAUCUACAACAUCGGCCCCGACAGCCCGAGCAGGAUCUGCAUUGCCAUAGAGCCAGCCCAGCUGCUGAAGGGGGACGUCAUGGUGAAAUGCUACCACAAGAAGUACCGCUCGGCCACACGCGAUGUCAUCUUCCGCCUGCAGUUCCACACUGGCGCGGUGCAGGGCCACUCGCUGGUGCUGGGGAAGGAGGAACUGGACGGUGCCUGCAGUGAUGAUCGCUUCCCUGACUCUGGGAAGGUGGAGUUGGUGUUCUCAGCCACGCCAGACAAGAUCCCAGGCUCCGAGCACCUGCACAAUGACCGCAGCGUCAUCGUGGACUUCAACACUGCGGACCCGCUGAUCCGCUGGGAUUCCUAUGAGAACCUGAGCACGGAUGGUGAAGUGUUGCACACUCAAGGGCCAGUAGACGGCAGCCUCUAUGCCAAGGUGAGGAAGAAGAGCUCCUCUGACCCCUGUAGUCCUCAAGCCCUGCCGGCCACCGGCAGUCCGGACCACAGUGACCACACCCUGUCAGUCAGCAGCGACUCGGGCCACUCCACUGCCUCGGCCAGGACAGAUAAGACAGAGGAGCGGCUGGCUGUGGGGCUGCCCAGGGGCUUGAGCCCACAGGAGAAGGCGGAGUUGGACCAGCUGCUCAGCGGCUUCGGCCUGGAGGAUACAGGCAAUAGCUUCAAGGACAUGGCGGAUGCACGUGGCAAGCUUGGGGGCACGCGUCAUGUGGUGCCUGCGCAGGUGCACGUGAAUGGGGAAGCCGCCCCAAAGGACCGCGAGACGGACAUCCUGGACGACGAGAUGCCGCAGCAGGACCUGCACAGCGCGGGCAGCCUGGGCACCCUGUCCUCGUCGGAGGGGCCGCCGUCGGCCCACCCGGGAGCCUUCCCCUACCACCAGAGCAGCCAGCACUCCCUGCUGUCUGAUGGCUUUGGCUGUCCUGGGGAGGAUGUGCCUGGCACGCUUGCACCCAACCUGGACGUCUAUGAGCGGGAGCGGACGUUGGGCAGUGGCCGGGAGACCAAGCCGCUGCAGGCUGUGCUGAGGAAGCCGUCGGUGCCCACCCCUGCACCAGCCUACGGCCAGAGCGGCUACCCGACCCAGAGCUGGGUGCGGCAGCAGCAGAUGGUGGCUGCCCACCAGUAUGGCUUUGCGCCUGACGGGGCUGCCAGGCUGGGUGGCCAUGGCUCUGUUGAUGGUUCUGGCCUUGUGCAGACCCCACCCCGGCUUCCGGUCAUGCCUGCUCGAGGAGCCAGCAGCAGGGUGGCUGUGCAGAGGGGCAUUGGCCAUGGGGCAGAUGCCCCCGACACCCAGCAGCCCUGCCCUGCCAGAGCCUUCCAGCCCAGGUUCAUGGAUGAGAAGAUGGUGAAUGGGGCCAGCGAGGAGCCUGCUGCGGGCCCCACACCUGGCUCCCCCACCCUGGAUAUCGACCAGUCCAUCGAGCAGCUGAACAGGCUGAUCCUGGAGCUGGACCCCACCUUUGAGCCCGUCCCCACCCAUAUGAACUCCUUGGGAGGCCCAGCCAAUGGCUCUGUGUGUCUGGACAGCACAGGAGGUGGACUUCGGGCCAGCAGCAGGCUCCCUGAGCCCUCGGCAAGCCCCAGCAGGAGCCCCUCCCGGCAUCCAGGCCACUCCGGUGAGCCCCUGGGCCCGAGACUCCGGAAGAUGAGUCUGGGACAGUACGACAAUGACGCAGGGAGCCAGCUGACCUUCUCCAAGUGUGGCUGGGCGAAGGCCGGCGUGGACUCAGCCCCGAGCCCGGCGCCUUUCCCCUCUCCGGGGGACAUCAAAGAGACGGUGAUCCCUGCGUACCCCCCAGACCUCGACGUGACGGAUGGCAGGAUGCUGAACAGCGUGGAGCCCGUGUGCUCCAUCCCAGCGUUUCCUGUGUCUCCAGAGACUCCCUGCGUGAGGACACCACCCUACUACCCUGCAUUCAGCCCAUCCGAGGCCCAGGGGAGCAGUCCAGCCAGUGCACGUGGACGCGACCCACGCGGCUGCUCUGAAGCCCCUAGCCACGCCCCGGGGAUGUCAGAGAGUCCCCUGGGACCCAGGCCAACAAUGCUGCAGGCCGACGCAGCCGGGCCACCCACCUUCACACAGACAUUCGCCUCUUCCUGCACCAUCUCCAGCAACGGCCCUGGCCAGCGCCGGGAGAGCCUGCCAUCCACAGAGCGCCAGUGGCUGGCGAGCAGCCCAAAGUCUACUCCAGCCCUGCGGGACGGCAGCCGGCCCUCCGGAGGUCUGCGUGGUGCCAGCGAGUUCUCGGGCCCGGGCAAGGACUCCCUGGGGCUGCCCUGCUUCCCUGGCCCGGACCUGCAGGCCUCUUUCCCUGGCCAUGAGCUGUCCCUGGCAGAGCCGCCUGGUGCUCUUUCUGCCCCACGCAGCCAGGCCUUCCUGGGCUUCAGCGCCACAGCCCCAGCUGGAGCUGGCCUUGCACCAGGCGGGGACAUGGGCUCCCUGAUGCCCAGUGCCCACGCUGCACCUCCAGCCCCCGGUGGUGCCCUGACUGCUCCGGCGGCCACCAACAGCAGCUUCCUGCCACAUACCUUCCUUGCUGCUGUGCCCGGACACAGCGGCCGCCUCAGCCCUGGCCCUCAGGUUCCAGGGACAACACUGCCAGGGCAGCCGCCCCUGCCGGAGAAGAAGCGGGCCUCGGAGGGGGACCGGUCCCUGGGCUCCGUGUCGCCCUCCUCCAGCGGCUUCUCCAGCCCGCACAGCGGCAGCACUGUCAGCAUCCCCUUCCCCAGUGUCCUGCCUGACUUCUCCCGGCCCCUGGAGACAGCCUCGCCCCUGCCAGAUAGUCCAAGUGACAAACUUGUGAUUGUCAAAUUUGUUCAGGACACUUCCAAGUUCUGGUACAAGCCUGAUAUUUCAAGAGACCAAGCCAUCACCAUGCUGAAAGACAAAGAGCCCGGGUCCUUCAUCGUGCGUGACAGUCACUCCUUCCGGGGAGCCUACGGCCUGGCCAUGAAGGUUGCUACCCCGCCUCCUUCCGUCCUGCAGCUGAACAAGAAAGGAGACUUGUCCAAUGAACUCGUCCGGCACUUUCUCAUCGAGUGCACCCCUAAGGGGGUCCGGUUGAAAGGUUGCUCCAACGAGCCUUAUUUCGGGAGCCUGACAGCCCUGGUGUGUCAGCACUCCAUCACGCCCUUGGCCCUGCCCUGCAAGCUACUCAUCCCGGAGAGAGAUCCCCUGGAGGAGAUAGCGGACAGUCCGGCCCAGACAGCGGCCAACUCCGCAGCCGAGCUGCUGAAGCAGGGUGCAGCCUGCAACGUGUGGUACCUGAACUCCGUGGAGAUGGAGUCCCUGACCGGGCACCAGGCGGUGCAGAAGGCACUGAGCGUGACCCUGGCGCAGGAGCCGCCGCCCGAGUCCACCGUGGUGCACUUCAAGGUGUCAGCCCAGGGCAUCACUCUGACGGACAAUCAGAGGAAGCUCUUCUUCCGGCGGCACUACCCCGUGAGCAGCGUGAUUUUCUGUGCCUUGGACCCUCAGGACAGGAAGUGGACCAAAGAUGGCCCCUCCUGCAGAGUCUUUGGGUUUGUGGCUCGCAAGCAGGGCAGUGGCACGGACAACGUGUGCCACCUGUUCGCGGAGCACGAUCCCGAGCAGCCUGCCAGUGCCAUCGUCAACUUCGUGUCCAAGGUCAUGAUCGGCUCCCCCAGGAAGCUGUGAGCGCUGUCGGCCCGGCACGGAGGCGGCCACAGGGGACCUCGUGCCUCACGGCCAGGACCGCACACGGGGUCUGCCUGCCCCAAUCCCCAGGGGAAGGG